AUGGACCAAUCCUUUGAAGAACUUCCGGAACCUAAGAAGGAGGAGCCCAUGGAGAAAGAGCACCCAGCAAGCAAGAAGAACAACAACCCCACAUCCCUGUUGUGGGGCUUCAAGACCAGAGAGGUCCGUAUUACCAAGAUCCCAAACCACUUCCAGGCUAAGAAGGCAGAGAAUAUCCUGAUCCUGGUGGCCUUCUCCAUUGGACUUGGCAGCAUGUGGCGCUUCCCGUACCUCUGCCACCAGAAUGGAGGAGGAAGCUUCCUGCUGAUGUAUCUCAUCCUCCUCCUCAUGCUGGGGAUCCCUCUCAUGUACAUGGAGAUGGUCGUAGGACAGUGGCUCCGGAAGGACAACAUCCAGGCCUGGAAAUAUCUGGUCCCCUGGCUCAGUGGUGUGGGUUACUCCAGCAUACUGGCCUCUGUCUUGGUGAUCCUGUAUAACAGCGCCCUGGUCUCCUGGAGCCUCUUCUACCUUGUCCAGUCCUUUGAUUACCCCCUAUCCUGGGACCACUGCCCUUUGGUGGAAAACUUCAGUAUAGUUGACUUCUCCUGCCUUUGGAUAGAGCCCCACCAGUAUUUUUGGUAUCAGACUGUCCUCCGAGCCUCCAAUCAAAUAGAAGAAGGGAUAGAGGUUCUGGCCUUGAAUGUGACCCUGUGCCUCUGUGCCACAUGGAUCUUCCUCUAUGUCACCAUGGUCAUCAGGAUAAAGAUUUCAGUGCUAAUGAUGUUUUUCUCCAUAUUGUUCCCCAACUUACUACUCUUCUGCUUCUUCAUCCGCAUUAUCUUCCUGAAAGGUGUGGGGUCCAGCCUCUGGCGCCUGGUGACCACAGAGCUGUCCAUCUUGGCAUCUCUGGACGCAUGGCGUCAGGCUGGAGGCCAUGUUCUCUACUCCCUCGGCCUUGGCAUGGGCACCAUCACAACUUUCUCCUCCUACCAGACUAGAGGUGAGAACAACAUCAAGUGGGCAUCCUUUGUGGCCAUGGUGAACCUGGUGACCUCGUUGCUGAGCUCUUCUGUCACCUUCCUCGUGCUGGGCUUCUGGGCCACAACCACCGGCUCUAAGUGUCUUGAGAGGAGUGUCUCCAAUCUGCUCAACCUGAUAACCAACGGUGUGCUACCCCAGGCCGCCUGGCCUCCCAAAGACAUCAUCCAUAAAUCCCCACAGGAGUACCUAGACUGGAUCAGCCAGCUCCCCAUCGACUUACAGAAUGAGAUCCUCCAUUUAACCCUGCCCUGCAGCCUCCUGAGGGAGGAGGGAAAGUUCAUGGAGGGCCCUGGACUGCCAUAUGUGGCCUUCUCUCAAGCCAUCUCACUGUUUCCUGGUUCCUCUUUCUGGGCCAUCAUCUUCUUCAUGUCUCUGGCUAUCAUGGGUCUGGGUACCAUGAUAACACUCCUGGAGGGCGUCGUGCUUCCUCUGCAGAAAAGUAUCUCUAUCUUCACAAAGCAUCCCAACCUGGUACCAGUGCUUGUCUGCUUGGGAGGACUUCUGGGUAGCCUCGUCUUCUCCAGCCGCCCUGGCAGCUACGUGGUGUUCCUGUUCGAUGACCACCUGGUCCCUAUGAUCCUCAUCAUAAUUAUGGUGAUCCAGAACCUUUCUCUGGCUUGGGUCUAUGGCAUCAAGAGGUUUAGGGCUGAGAUGUUCGGGCAGCUGGGCCACAUGGUGUGGGCACCCUUCACCUGCCUGUGGAGCUACGUGACAUUGCCCAUGCUGCUGGCCCUGCUCACCAUCUACUUCCUGAAUCUCUGCCACAGUGAAUCCCUCUACUAUGUCUCCUGGAAUAAUAGCAUGAGCCAGGAAGUGAAGCGGCCUUACCAGAAGAUAGCCCUAGGCUGGGUCAUCUUCCUCAGCAUCCUGGGGCUGCUGCCGAUCCCCAUGUACCCGCUGCAGCACUGGUGGUAUCUGGAUGACCAAAACAUCUGUGAAACCUUAGAAAAGCCUUUGUCCUCCAGAAAGACAGUUACGGUGCCCAACAGAGUCACCCAGUGGCCUGUGCACCCCAUGCGGAAACGCACCCUCAGAAACCAGGAGAAAAGCAAGGCAUUAUUCCAAAGCAAGGAUCCCCCAGACGCCCUUCUUCAACCCCAAGUCCUGAUAACAAAAAAGGACAGUGAAGUCUACUCUAGCUUCAGUUUCCCCGGUAUCACAAUUGCCUCUCAUCCUGGCUCUAUGGCCUUCAUUGUCCCUGGGGCAUCGAAGCACACUGGCCUACAGGAAGGUGACCUUGAUUGACUUCUACAUCCCUGGAGAGAAGUGACAGGCUUGAGACUUGUGAACGUAAGGCUCACGAGAGCUCUGCUUAGC